AUGGGUGAGAUGUGCAACAGCCUGGUAGUCAAACUUCAGCUAAACCUCACGCAGCUCCUCCAGCGGACUAUUGUCCUCGAAGUCGACCCCAAGGCCUCCCAACAGCAGGUUCGCGAUGCCUACAAAAAAGCAGCGCUAAAACACCACCCCGACCGCGUUCCCUCAGACUCUCCGGAACGCGCCAGUCGCACGAAGAAAUUCCAACAAAUCAACGAUGCCUACUAUACCCUCUCAGAUACCACGCGCCGCCGGGAUUACGAUGCCGCACGCAUGUACAAUAGCUUCACAGGUAGCACCACCACACCCGACUCGGACCCUGAAGAAGAGAUUCCCAAUGCUGGAGCUGCGGGUGGCGCAGGAGGAUUCGCCCAAGGCUUUCCAUGGUCUGCAUUUGGGUUUGGCAGUGCCCCCGCAGGUAAUACGGAAGAGAGUCACAAUCGCUUCAGCGAGGAGCAGUUUGGCGGCAUCUUCGAAGAAAUGCUGAGGGAAGAAGGUAUGGCGGACGAAGAUGCGCAUCCUACGGGCAAGUUCUGGAGUUUUGUUGGUGGGCUUAGUGGCGCGGCUAUGGGCUUCAUUGUGGCCAACUUCCCCGGUAUGGUUGCGGGAGCUGUGGCAGGGAAUAGACUUGGGGCGGUCAGGGAUACGAAGGGAAAGAGCGUCUAUGCGGUGUUCCAGGAAAUGCCGCAGGCGGAAAAGGCGCGCUUGUUGAGUGGGUUGGCGGCAAAGGUGUUUGCCAAUGUUGUGUCUGCAUGAGGUUGCAUCAGGGUGUAUACAAAGACUACCUCAGGCGCCAGACACGUCGAUUAGAGUUGAGGUGGAAGUCCUUGAUUAGUUGUAUGACUGAUGAUAUCCUUUGCGUUGAUAGUAACCCUUUCACAUCAGCUCUCAAUAGAAUUCUUUGUUAGC